AGACAGAAAAGUAUCCACGCCCGCAAAAAUGAAAUCAUUUAGUCGGAUCUGGUGAAGGAAAAUUGGUUCAAAUCUUAACCAGACGAACUUUGUAUUCAGUUCAGGUGACCAAAUCUGAAUCUGAGGUCUGAUAAGGAACCUAAUCUUAGUUCCGUCUACAGCAAAAUUCAAAUUCUAAUCGAAGUUUCAGUGAGAAUCCGGUUAAAGAAGAUCCCCACUAAGUUGAAUUUGGUAAACGAUGAAUGUCGCCGGAGCUUGAAUCGUUUCUACACCUUUCAGCCGCCUGGUCAAGUUUCCGACCGGUCACCAACAGGAUUCUAAGCAGAUUGGUCCCACCGGCGAUUACAUCACACUCUUCGAUCCUACCCACCACAGUUAAUGCAACCUUCCCUCCAGCUGUCCAGAUUUUAGUAGAAAACCGUGAGAGGCAUACGAAAGCUCGGAUGGAAGGAUCUAUCUCGCUCGCUCUCUCCAGCAGAGAACAGAAGGAAUUGAACAAGACAUGCCCGAUCUGACAGCUAUCGCCAUUUCCCUUCUUCUCUCACUCAAUUUCCAACUUGACGCAGUCCACUCAAAGAUCACCAUCGGCAAAAUCUCUCCGGGAUUGAGAGGAAACAAUUUCGACUGGAUCGAUGAUAAUGGCGUCUUCCUCUCAUCCGUCAAUCGAACUUUCACGCUUGGCCUCCUUAACCAGCCGUCUGAGGGCACCAAUUACUACCUUGUCAUCACACACCGGCCGAGCACCACCAUCAUCUGGACGGCCAACCGCGAUUCCCCAGUAUCAAGUUCCGACUUCUUCGCCUUCUCUGCGGAUGGGGAGGCCACUCUCACUUCCUCCGAGGGAGGCGUCGUGUGGAGAACGAACACCAAGGGAUUAGGGGUCACCGCCAUGGAGCUGCAGGAGUCGGGUAACCUCAUGGUUCUGAACUCGACUGAAGGCGUGGUGUGGCAGAGCUUCGAUUUUCCGACGGAUACGCUGGUCUCUGGCCAGGUUCUCCGACCGGGGAUGAGACUGGUGAGCAGAGUAGCCACGACGAGCGGAACCAAUCUCUCGUCCGGGGGGUAUGUUUUGCAGAUGCAGCAAGGGGACCUCUCCUUGCUCGCGGAGUUCCAACCUGUACAGAAAUAUUGGUCUCUCCAGUCUUCUAGCCAAAGAACGAAGCUGACGGAGGAGUCACCGGAGACGGCUGUUUUGACGAACUCAGGGUGGGUUUUUUACGGCCCAAGCGGCAAUCCUGCACUAAAAAUCUUGUUUCCCGGCGGUAACCUACCAAGCUCGUCGAUGGUGUUCGCCACACUCACUUCGGACGGCAGCAUCUCGUUCAGCAUCACGGAUUCUACCACCAGCAGCAGCGGUCUGGUAACCAUGUCGCUUUCUAUUCCGGCAGAGUUUUGCGAUAGGCCGAGCCCCUGUGGCUCAUAUUUCCUCUGCUCCACAGACGGAGUCUGCACCUGCCCACAGGCUCUGAGCACUUUGUAUGGCUCCGGUUGCUACUCGCCUCAGAGUCCUUUUCCCAGUUGCCGCUCCUCGCCUCCCCCAGCGUCCUUCUAUAGAGUGGGGGGAGGACUGACUUACUUCGGAGUAAAGUUUCAGGCGCCGAAAAAGGUCUCCGGAUUUCAGGACUGCAAGACCCUAUGCCAGACCAACUGCUCUUGUAACGCACUGUUCUUUCAAAACAAGUCAAAUGCGUGCUACAUUUGGGGUCAGAUUGGUAGUCUACAGUUGGCCACAACCAUGAAGGACUCUUUCGACCUCUAUGUGAGGAGUUUGACACCUGCGGCUACAGAUGACGGCGAAGCUAGAAAAUCAAACAGUUCUUUGUUGGUUCCCAUUAUUGCUGUUACUGUUGUGAUGAGCGUCGGGAUUUUCGUCUUAGCAGUCUUUCUGCUCAUUCACAAGGCGAGGAAGAAGCGCGAUGAAGCAAAAUUGUCGUCCUCUGAUGAAGAAGCAGAGGAUAUCGAGGAAAUGGUUCCCGGAAUGCCGAGGAGAUUCAAGUUCGGAGAACUCCAAUUGGCGACAGACAACUUCAAGAACGUGGUGGGCAAGGGAGGUUUCGGGUGCGUAUUUGAAGGUUGGAUGCCGGACGGCCAAAGGGUCGCCGUGAAGCAACUGCAGAAGAUUGGCCAGGGGAAGAAGCAAUUCCAAGCAGAGGUGGCCACCAUCGGCAGCAUUCACCAUCUUCAUCUGAUGAGACUCAAGGGAUUUUGCGCCGAAGGGAAACAGAGGCUCUUGAUCUACGACUUCAUGCCUAAUGGCUCGCUCGAUAAGUUCCUUUUCAAUAAACGGUCGGCCGGCGCUGCCUCCGGUGGAACAAACACCGGAUUUCUCGACUGGAAGAAGCGGUUCGGAAUCGCCGUGGGAACGGCGAAGGGGCUUGCCUAUUUGCACGAGGAAUGUGCGGUGAGGAUCAUCCACUGCGACGUGAAGCCGGAAAACAUCCUUUUGGAUGCAAAUUUCUCGCCGAAGAUAUCCGACUUCGGCCUCGCGAAGCUGCUAAGUCUAGAGGAAAGCCAGGCCUUCACCACCAUGAGGGGGACGAGAGGCUACCUCGCGCCGGAGUGGCUAACGACGUCCGCCGUCUCGACCAAGAGCGACAUCUACAGCUACGGGAUGGUGUUGCUGGAGUUGGUGGGCGGGCGGAAGAACUUAGACCCAUCGGCGACUUCAUCGGAAAAGUUCUAUUUCCCGGUCUACGCUUACCAGAUGCAGGCGGAGGGGAGGGUGAAAGAAGUGGUCGACGGGCGGCUUGGCGGGGAUGUGGACGUGGAAGAGGUGGAGAGAUGCAUCAAGGUGGCGAUGUGGUGUGUUCAGGAGGAUUGGAAUCUGAGGCCGAGAAUGGGGACAGUGGUGAAGAUGCUUACCGGUAGCGUCGAGAUACCAGCGUUGCCUCCGACACCGCCGACAGGAUUCCGGCUGCACCUAAGCAUGCUCAAGGGGGAAGUGAGCAGCUUGAGCGGCAGCGGGGAGGAGAAGACGGCAUCAUCGACGACGACCAACGAUACGUCGGAGAAUGCGGGCCACGGCGUGCUCUCGUCCUACGAACUCUCCGGGCCUAGAUGAAUUAACCGCGCUCGAUGUGCCUGCUCCUGUCCCUCUCUCUCUCUCACAUAUGCAUUAUUCUUUCUUUGCACCGGUGUAUCGUGGCUGAGUAAGACUCAGCUUUGAACUGUUCAAAAAAAUUGGACGACUGUAACAGUAAAGCAAAGUGCAACAAAUUAAAGGCCGGCGACCUUCAAUUGAUCAUUUUAACAAGCAUGUUCUCUUCUUUUUCUUUUUGUAUUUAAGAGACUUUUUAUGUCCAAAUUUUGUUAUACAUUUUCAUUUUAUCUGACUUUUUCUCUUUCUUUA